CUGAGCUCCCUGACUGUGACGAAGAGAGCAUCAGCCAACCACAGCCCGCGUCAUCCGCACAAGAGGACACAAACCAUGGGAGUGCGAAAUAUCGGGGCUGUGCUCUCACUACUUUCACUUUUCCCACCACUAAGUUUGCGUGAAUAAACCCCAAUUAGGUGAGCGAUGUGGAGAAAGACGCAGGUGCGCAAAAACGGACUCUCCAUUCCUCUCCGCACAGAGAAGGACCUGGAUUUGCAGCGCAAGAGGUUUUCUUUUUUUUCCUUUUAUGCGCAUCGUGGAAGUUGUUGCAUCUGCACGGUUCUGCCUUCUUAACCUGGUCUGGUAAAUCCUUAUAGAUGGUAUUAAUGUGCGCAGUUUCAUGGCUUUGGUUCACUGAGGACCAUCCGAAGCGCGGACAUGGCAGUGUCGAAUAUGCUGUUCUCUGACGUAGAAAGUUUCCUGGACUCGCACCCCGACCUGUUCGAGGACUACCUAAACAGGAAAGGAAAUUACAGCAUGGUGGAGAAAUGGUUGAAGAAGAACCAGGCGAGCAAAAGUCCGGCGACCGCUGCGCCCGCAGCCGCCGCCGAGGAGAAGCGCGGCGCGUGUAAGGACAGCUGGGCGAGCAAGUGCGACGGUCUGCAGAGGAGAGCGUCUCAGAAAGAGCUGCGCAAAACUUUCGCCAGGUCUAAAGCCAUCAACGUGAAUAGGACCUACGAUGAGCACGUCAACACCAGGGCGCAGGAGCCUCUGACCAGCAUGAGGAGGAGAGCUCUGCUGAGGAAGGCGAGCUCCCUGCCACCGACCACCGCGCACAUCCUGAGCGCGCUGCUGGAGUCCAGAGUCAACAUCCCCCAGUACCCGGCCACGGCUGUGGAUUUUAAAUACCGCCUCAAAGAGCACAGCGAGAGAGAGUUCUUCUUGGAACUGGUGAAAGACAUAUCCAACGACCUGGACCUGACCAGCCUCAGCUACAAAAUCCUGGUGUUUGUUUGUAUCAUGGUGGAUGCAGACCGGUGCUCCUUGUUUUUAGUGGAAGGAACUGGCAACAAGAAAACGCUGGUGUCUAAAUUCUUUGACGUGCACGCAGGGACCACCGUUUUACCCUCCAUGAACUCAGAUGAAGUUCAGGUUCCAUGGGGGAAAGGAAUCAUUGGUUAUGUGGCUGAGCAUGGAGAGACAGUGAACAUCCCUGACGCCUAUCAGGAUCGCCGAUUCAGUGAUGAAAUUGACAAGCUGACGGGCUACAAAACCAAGUCCCUUUUAUGCAUGCCCAUUCGCAACAGCGAUGGUGAGAUCAUUGGAGUCGCUCAGGCCAUCAACAAGACUUCAAGUGGGGAACUUUUUACUGAGGAUGAUGAAAAGGUCUUGCAGAUGUACUUGCCUUUUUGUGGAAUCGCUAUCUCCAAUGCUCAACUCUUCGCUGCCUCCAGAAAGGAGUAUGACCGGAGUCGGGCACUCCUAGAGGUGGUCAAUGACCUGUUUGAAGAACAGACUGACCUGGAAAAGAUUGUCAGGAAGAUCAUGCACCGUGCCCAGACUCUGCUAAAGUGCGAGCGCUGCUCCGUUCAGCUGCUGGAGGACAUUGAGUCGCCGGUGGUCAAGUUCACCAAGUCCUUUGAACUUCUGUCUCCAAAAUGCAGUGCAGAUACUGAAAGCAGUUUCAAAGACAGCAUGGAAAAAUCUUCCUACUCAGACUGGCUGAUCAACAACAGCAUUGCAGAGCUGGUGGCAUCAACAGGUCUCCCUGUGAACAUUAGCGACGCCUACCAGGAUCCUCGCUUCGAUGCUGAGGCAGACCAGUUCUCAGACUUCCACAUUCGCUCUGUUCUCUGUGUUCCCAUAUGGAAUAGCAACCACCAAAUUAUUGGUGUGGCUCAAGUUCUGAACAGAUUGGAUGGGAAACCGUUUGACGAUGCAGACCAACGUCUCUUUGAGGCCUUUGUGAUAUUUUGUGGAUUGGGCAUCAACAACACAAUCAUGUACGACCAGGUGAAGAAAUCUUGGGCCAAGCAAUCUGUGGCUUUGGAUGUUCUGUCUUACCAUGCCACUUGCUCCAAGACUGAAGUUGAUAAAUUUAAGGCUGCUAACAUCCCCUUGGUCUGCGAGCUGGGCAUUGAUAAGCUCUCCUUUGAUGAUUUCUCCCUGGAUGUUGACGCCAUGAUAACAGCUGCUCUGAGGAUGUUCAUCGAGCUAGGAAUGGUGCAGAAAUUUAAGAUUGACUACGAGACACUGUGCAGAUGGCUGCUGACUGUCAGAAAAAACUACAGAAUGGUCCUCUACCACAACUGGAGGCAUGCAUUCAACGUUUGCCAGUGCAUGUUUGCCAUGCUAACGACGGCGGGUUUCCAGGAGACGCUGACCGAGCUGGAGAUCUUAGCUCUUAUUGUGGGUUGUGUGUGCCAUGACUUGGACCACAGGGGCACCAACAAUGCUUUCCAAGCCAAGACGGGUUCAGCCCUCGCUCUGCUUUAUGGGACCUCUGCUACCCUGGAGCACCACCACUUUAACCACGCUGUUAUGAUCCUGCAGAGCGAGGGGCACAACAUCUUCUCCAACCUCUCUUCCACGGAGUACAGCGACCUCAUGCAGCUGCUGAAGCAGUCUAUUCUGGCCACAGACCUCACACUUUACUUCGAAAAGAGAAACACAUUCUUUGAACUUGUCAGUAAAGGGGAGUACAACUGGAAUGUGAAGGCUCACAGAGACAUUUGCAGAUCUAUGAUGAUGACAGCCUGCGAUCUUGGAGCCGUCACAAAGCCAUGGGAAAUAUCCCGCAAGGUUGCAGAGUUGGUGACGGGUGAAUUCUUUGAGCAGGGAGACCGAGAACGACUGGAGCUAAAGCUCACGCCCUCCGCCAUCUUUGACCGUAACAGGAAGGAUGAGCUCCCAGGGCUGCAGCUGGAAUGGAUUGAUGGAAUCUGCUCGCCUCUGUAUGAGACUCUUGUCAAGUUGAAUCCCAAACUUCAGCCGAUGGUCGAUAUGAUCCGAGCAAACAGGGCCAACUGGGAGGAACUGAACAAGAAGAGACAAAGUGGGCAGAAUGACUCCGCUCCCACCAGCCCCCACAGUGUUGAAGCCACGGAAAGCACAAGCUGCUCAGGUGCCAAAACCAGCAGCACACCGUGCUGCAGCGGCGACUAUGAAAGCACACCAUCCAAGACGGCCAGUUAGCUUCUGCUGAAGAGCUUGAACGUUGUUGGCCUUUUUAUUCUUCAGAAUGCAGCCUGUAGCAGAGGCAGUGCAUGCAGAGGUUCUUGGGCUCUGCUCCUCUUCGCUUUGCAACUAGAGAUGAGCUUGAACUAUUGAGUAUGGUAUGAUCUUGGGGGUUUUCAGAUUACCUUCAGAUUCAACGUGAUGAAGGCUGACAGAGCCGCACCUGGCAGGCUUAAUGGAGCGGCGACACCUUUUAAGGGAGGGAAAGAUACUCGAACCACUGUGUUCCUUCAACCUUUUGCAAAAAGACAAUACGCCUGGUUAUUUUCUCAGUUUUUUUUUUAUGCUAUUGGUUUCUGUGUUGCUAAUAUUUUGACCAGAGUUUAAAGAUUUUUUUUGUAAAUUUGUAAAUAAGAUGUGGAGUUGUUAAAACUGUAUGCAUUGGAUUGGAUUGUGGUUGUAGACCUUCUUCUGAAGGGUGGAGAAAUGUGCUGCUGUAGGACCUGUGGCUUUCAAUGCAAACUGAAUUAUGUGCUCCCUCCUUUCCUGUGCCUUGUUUCAAGAUCCUACUGAAAAAUGCAUGGCCUCUGUGUUGAGGGUCUCACGUUAUUGAAAUCCCUGUUGAACCGUGCUGAAUUUCUGCCAUAAUUUGUAAAACCAAU